UGCUUUAUUAUUUUAUUUUUUAGCAUCACUUAACAUAAAUUUAAGUAUUAAUUAGUACAAUUAUGUUGCUAAUUGAAAAAUUGGUACAUAACAUAAGUUGGGGGAUCUCCUUUCGAAGUUUAAAUACAUCUGCACUACUGUGCGGAAUCAAUAAAUACACUACACCGACGAGAGAUUUUAUAGUAAACAAUGAUAUUCUAAAGGAAAUCAUUAAUUCAAAAAAGGAAAUCAUUGGCUUAAAAGAAAAGGAGAAGCUAGAAGUUGUUUAUACAAACAAAAAUCCUCGUCACAUGGAACUUAUGGGAUUCAAUAAACCUUCUGGAUUUUCAACACUAUAUGAUCAUCGAAAUUUUUACAAUAAACUAAACUUAGAGAUAACAAAUCGACACACUAAUGCUUUUGUUGAAAACAUUAAUGGGGAAAUUUUAUGCUAUGCAUCCACUUGCGAGCCUUACAUAAGAGCAAGGCUACACAACACAACUGAUGUAAUGGCUGUUGUAAAUGUUGCACGAAUUUUAGCUGAAAGAUGCAAGCAAACUGGAAUAGUGCGUGUUCUAUGGAGAACACGUUUAGACCGAACCACUGAGAAAAUUAGGGAGUUUGAGGGUAUUUUGAUCAAUAAUGGAAUUAUUCUUUCUGAGCCUGCUACAAAAGUGCUUCAGGGGCCGUCUCAAACGCUACCUCCGCCUCGUCCUAAAAGAGUUAUACCAAGGAUUAUGAAUAACAGUCAAAGAAGAAAAGGAACAAUAUAUAGAAAAGAUAAAAAAGGUUUUAUUAAUGAAGUUUGUUUAGAUGGUUAAAUAAAUUUGUAAAUAUUUAUUAAACAUCUUGUAAUGUAAUAACUUUCAAAAGUUUCUUUCAAAA